AGGAAGAGAAGACGAAGAAGAAGGCGACCAUGUUGAUUUAAAGGAAGAAGAAACACAAUAGAGGCGAUUUAUUUCAAGAAAAAUCUGUUACUAAAGCGAAUUACAAAGGAAGUAGUUGAUCAACCGCACAUCGUGUACACCUUGCAACUUACCAGAGAAACUAAGGUUACAAGUCUGAGUUGUUGGCUGACUUUGAGGAGGCAGCGGGUUGAUCACGGCCACACUCGCACACUUCACACACCGACCUGAAGACCUGUUGUUUCAGGAAAGAGAAGGUUGAACACCUGGAGGAGAGAGGAAACGCACACUGAGGACUCAAAAGGGGUUUAAAGCUUUUUGGCUUUGGACUAGAUAACCCCUUGUACUUGUGAAUUCAGGAUCCAGUUUUUUUUUUUUUGUUUUGUUUUGUUUUUCACACAGUGGAGCAACAUUUAUCCACACAGUGGAAAUAAACGAAGAGCAUUACAGACUAUAUGAUUUUGGGGAAAAACUUGUACAAAGUUGGACAUCCUUUUUUUUCAAGGACAGGGAUAUUGAGCAACUCUGUGGACUCAAAGUGGAAAGAGGAAAUAUUGUUCAAUUUAGAAACAUAAGUUUAAGCGUUGAACUAAGAUUAUAUUGAAGAGGCUGUUCCCCAAGUUCAGAUUGCCUUAGUUGUUCUAUUUCAGGACUUGAACCGCUUUGAUACUUGUUCACAUAUAAUUUUUCUAUAUUGUGGGCAAGUAUAUUCAUGCAUAUGAAUGCAAAUUUCUCUUCAUUUUGAAGAGCUCUUGUGUAAAGACGUGUUUUUUUGUUGUUGUUGUUUUUGUACGUCAGUCACUCUGUUGUUGAAGGGGACCGAACUGCACGUACAUGUGUAUAUGUAAAUACUACGGAUUGACUCUUGUUGUAAAAGCUUUGGACUUAAAGAAUAGAGAAUAUUGUUUGUUAAUGCUUUAUUAAACUUUUUUACUUUUGAAGAGAAUUUUUAAAAAGAAAACCUAAGAGGCAAAAAUCUAAUACUUUGCAGAAAAAAAAAACUUAAGCAAGGAAAACAGGAAAAAUGGCAACUGCCAGAACAGAAAACGUUGGCCCUGUCGUCAUGGGACUGAACAAGCAGAACGGGCAGCUCAGAGGACAGACCAAACCAGCUUCAGUCCAGCCAGCACCCACAACUCAAGGAAAGGCUUUGGGUGCACCCCAGAUAGCAGGUGGUGCCGCUCAGGACGGAGGAGGCAUCAAGUUUGGAGAUGACUGGAAAAAGAGCCUAAAGCUCCCUCCCAAAGACAACAGGGUCAAAACCUCAGAUGUGACAUCCACUAAGGGGAAUGAAUUUGAAGAUUACUGUCUCAAAAGAGAACUCCUGAUGGGCAUCUUUGAAAUGGGUUGGGAGAAACCUUCCCCUAUCCAGGAGGAGAGCAUUCCCAUCGCCCUGUCUGGACGGGAUAUUCUGGCUCGGGCCAAGAAUGGAACAGGAAAGAGUGGAGCCUAUCUCAUCCCACUGCUGGAGAGAAUAGACCUGAAAAAGGACCACAUACAGGCACUUGUCAUGGUGCCCACCCGUGAGCUGGCCCUGCAGGUGAGCCAGAUCUCCAUCCAGAUCAGCAAACACCUGGGGGGAGUCAAAGUCAUGGCCACCACCGGGGGCACCAACCUGCGAGAUGACAUCAUGCGUCUGGAUGAGACCGUGCAUGUGGUCAUCGCCACGCCUGGUAGAAUCCUGGACUUGAUAAAGAAAGGAGUGGCAAAAGUGGAUAGGGUCCAGAUGAUGGUGAUGGAUGAGGCGGAUAAGCUGCUGUCUCAGGAUUUUGUGGUGCUCAUCGAAGAUAUCAUCAGCUUCCUGGCCAAGAACAGGCAGAUCCUGCUCUACUCUGCAACCUUCCCCAUCAGCGUGCAGAAGUUCAUGGCCAAGCACCUUCAGAAACCCUAUGAGAUAAACCUGAUGGAGGAGCUCACUCUGAAGGGCAUUACUCAAUACUACGCCUACGUCACGGAAAGGCAGAAAGUCCACUGCCUCAACACACUGUUCUCCAGGCUUCAGAUCAACCAGUCGAUUAUCUUCUGUAACUCCACUCAGAGGGUGGAGCUCUUGGCCAAGAAGAUCACUCAGCUGGGCUACUCCUGCUUCUACAUCCAUGCCAAGAUGAUGCAGGAAUACAGAAACCGUGUGUUCCACGACUUCAGAAAUGGACUGUGCAGAAACCUGGUCUGCACUGAUCUCUUCACCAGAGGUAUUGACAUCCAGGCUGUCAAUGUAGUCAUCAACUUCGACUUCCCCAAGAAUGCUGAGACUUACCUCCAUCGUAUUGGAAGAUCAGGGAGGUUUGGUCACUUGGGUUUGGCCAUCAACCUGAUCACAUCAGAGGACCGCUUCAACCUGAAGGCCAUCGAAGACCAGCUGGUGACCGACAUCAAGCCCAUUCCCAGCAGCAUCGACAAGAGCCUCUACGUGGCCGAGUUCCACUCGUCCAGUGCUGACUGUGACGUGGAGGAGAUUGAGGAGAAACCAGGACGCCAACAGGACAGCACCUAAAACAGGACAGCAGGACACACCGGGCUUUUGCACAGACAUCAGCGCUUGCACACAGGCUUCAGGAACCUCUUUAGUUUCACAUUUCUCACUUAUUUUCAGAGCCUGUCAAAUGGAUGUAAAGGCCCUUUUUUUUUUUUUUUUUUUUUCCCCCCCACAAAGAGAGCUGCCUCAUUCUUUUUUUUUUUUUUUUAAUUAAUUGAGAAACGAUAUUGUUUUGCACCAAACUCAGAAUGGACCGUGCAUCCUGCGUAUGAGCUCAGCGUGAUUUUCCUAAAAUGUAUCUCAGAUAGACAGCACUUCCUGUCGAAACUGAAGCCGCAGUGCAAAUGAGUAUCAAAGCUGUUGUGAACCAGUGUUCUUGGAGACCGUUUUCAUCUUCGGCAGUGAGGUUGGUCUCUUUUUAAUGUUACAAUGGUGCACUUACACCAGCCAUCAUUCUGUCCACUUACACUGUUGUCGUCACUUAAGUGCCUUACUUACUCCCAUGUGCACUCAUCCAUUCAUAGCCUGCUGUCUUCUGUCAUGCAGCAGAGUACGAGCACAAAUCAAUGAAUUUAGUAGUAACCCGACUUUAUUUAAACAUCCGUUAUGCAAGGGAAAAAGACAACACACGCACUCUCUCUGUCCUGCUGAGAGGUGUGUUGAAACACGGCUCCUUAAAAACCAUCCUGAAUGUGAACGUUUAUUUUUAAUGUGAACGUUGCAAUAAAAAGGGCAGCUUUAUUUAAAUACUGCGUGACUGUUUUUCCCUCUUCACCGUGAAUAAUACAUGAGCAGAAUUAAUACGAGGAGACGGCUAAAGACACAAGCCCCCGUACUGAUUCAUGGAUGUAAGCCUGCAACCACACAAACAGCAUGAUAGAUGAACAGCAGCCUCAUGCUGUUACAUUAUGGCUGUUGCUGGGGCGUUUGCCCACGGACAGCUUAUGUCUGGAGGUUCUUAUACAUAAAUAAUCAUAUUGGGCUGGUGAAUACUGUAAACCCAUUGGCCGCUGAGGCUGGUAGAUGACAAACUGGUUUCCUCCCCUGCAUGCUGCUGCAGCACAGGACUAAUGCAUCAGAGGCUGGUUCACAACAGUUUUGAUAGCAACAUUUGCCGUUACCUAGCUGAUACACAAUCAGCAGGUCCAAGGAUAACACUGAAUUUGUGGACGUUGGUGCAAAACAAUAGUUUCUAUCAUUUCCCCCCGAGUUUUUCACAUUCAGUUUAACAGUGUGGAAAUGCAAGGUGGAUUCAAUAACAGGUGCGUUUUUGCAAAUCCUUAUGUAAAACUUUCUUUUUAAGCCCCUUCAUGACAAAAUUGAAGUGGGUGAAUGUAUUAGUUGCCAAUGUGAAUACUCUCAAGCCCAGUGGUUGAACGCCAACCUCUCAUAGUUGACAUUUAUAUUGCUGCUGUUGCAUGACAAACUCCUUUGGGCUUUAUUUUUAUGAAACUAUAUACUGGAUAUGAGAUGGUUUCAUGGACCACCACGUGAUGAAACCUGCUCAGUCUGUAAAGGACUACAUUGAUCUUCAAUUGAACUAUGACUAAAAUCAGAAAAGUCUUUCCACAGCAGCAGCAGCAGCGAUAUCUUUUUUUGUUUUCCCCAGCACAGCUUUGUUUCCUAAUGAUAACAAUGUGAGGAGUGGGCUCUGUGUUUGAAAGCAAAAUUGUAGCAUUUCUGAACAGGCAGCUGUGACUUCUUUGUUUUUGUCCUCCCUUAACAGAGCAUCACUAACGAUAAAAAAAAAGACAUAAAAAAGAAAGUAUUUUUGCUUUUAAGAUUUAUUUUUGAUGUUGCUUAAAGCAAAGAGGGGAGGGAGGGGACUGUGAGGCUUUAGCACUGGGGAACUUGAGGUUUUUUUGGGUGGGUUUGCAGAAGCCAAGUGUUUAUCAGAUGCUCUCUGGGCAUCUGGAAUCUUUCCUUCUCUCUGGUACUUAAAGCAAAUACAAAAGCUUUGAUUUAAAGUUGUUUUUCCCCUCAAAAGUACACAAAAGACCUUGUUUUCUUUAAGUGCCAGAGAGAGUAUUAAGUUAUACAAGAGAGAGUUUCUGGAAAGUGUCGAAGCACCGUGAUCUUCUCGAACCUGCUCCAUGUGUGCGCGUAACGGAUGAUCAGAGUGCUAUGAUUUGUUCUCAGCAACUCGAUCCUUUUUCCACUAGGGCAAUCUUUAUACGAGGUGUUAUGAAUCAUUUUGAGGAAACAAAAUUGUAAGUGAUUCAUUGUUUACACUAGUCGUUUACAAUUAUACGAAGAAAAAAAAUAAGAAAAUACUUUGCUUCAUGAGGUCGGAGGAGGUUGAAUAUUUUUGUUCCUUUUUUUUCCUUGAAAUAGAUUUUCAGGAUUUACAUUGAAGCAAAACCAAAAAAGGAGAAUGUCGUAUGAGUGUGUGUAAGAGAGAGACAUGUAGGUGUGUGAGUGUGAGAGAUAAAGAGUGAUGUGCAGGCGACUGUUUGAAUGGUGUGUGUGUGGGUGUGUGUGUGUUUUGAGUGAGUGAGAAAAGGUGUGUGUGGGGGUGUGUGUGUGUGUGUGAAGCUGUGACAGGCUGAGUUUGUUAACAAUCAUUAUGUUUACAUGCAGCUUCAAGUUAACCAGAAAAUCAGAUAGUUUGGAGCCAGUUUGGUUACUGGUGUAUAAAACUGGUAAUUUGGAAUAAGAAUAAAACUUUUGUCGACAGUUUGAGGCUGCAUGUAAGCAUAAUUUAUGUUUGUUUGUUUUUUCUCUGUGUUUUCAUGUGCAGACUCGUCAUGUGUUUUGUUGGGGGUGUACGAUGUCUUAAAUAUCAGUAUGGAUGAUGUCAGGGAUGUGAUGUUUGUUUUUUUGUUUCAUUUUCCAUCUCCCUCUUCCUUCAGAAGCUCAAGUUUGUGGCAUAAAUCUCAUUUAUAAUGACAGAUGUUCAUUUUUUUUUUUUUUUUUUAUUUUUUGGUUCUUUUUUGAUGUUUUAUGUCCCUGAUCACGUCCCUGACAGUCAUUCCAUGAACUCCUUUGUGACCGAAAUAGCAGCAAAGAUAAUAUAUUUAUAGCUGAGCCUAUCAAAAUCAAGUGGGGAGAGAUGUGGAAUUUGUCACAUUCAUGUUAUUUUUAAAGAGGCGACAUUAAAAAAUCACCACCUGGCUAUUGGUUAUUCGACGUUAUCUAAAUUUUUUUGCCUGGAAUUGACUCUGUUACGCCUUCAGUUAUUUGUAGCUCCAGCCGUAGCUUAUUAGUUAUGAUAACAGUUUUAUUACACACAAUACAACUGAUGACUGGAGCUACAAAACUGAGCCCUAAGUUGUAAUAAACCAUAGUAAACGUUUGCAUCAGUGAUCACAACGGAGGUCAUGCUGAAUGCAGUUAUGAAUGUCGAUUCUGUCAUCUGGUGUUGUUGAGACGUCUUCGUCUGUCUCUGUGUGUGUGCGCACUCUGGCCUGUUGAGUCAGGAGUGUUGACAGGGGUGGGUGGGAUAUUUGUCAAACUUUGAAAAGGGUAACUGUUAAAAAAAAGAAAAAAAGAUUUGAAACAGGUGAGGAGUUGGAUGCAAAAUUUGGGGAUUCUGCAAAUUCUAAAUUGGUGGAAAUUUAAAAAAGAAAAAGAAAAGCAAUACCUUGACUUAAAACUAGUAUUAAUGGCUGAUCUACCCCUAAUAUCUCUACUGUGCAUAGCUGAAUUGAAUUGGAGCUCUUAAUUUGCUGCACUAAUGUAGACUCACCCACGCUUCAGGCCGUUUCAGCCAAACAUAAUGACGAACUCAGCAGAAUUGUUGCAGUAAGCUGAAGUCACAGCAGUAUUUCCCCUGCAGCGUGGAUAGAAAUCAGAGGAAUUGGCUCUCAAAUUUUUUGUUUUAAUGUAGCUGAGGAUAAAGUUGCAAUUGCAGUAUUUUCUCUACAACAACACGGACAGGAAGGAGAGGUGAAACAGUGAUUCUACUUGGCUCACAAAAAUGUUGUUUCAGUCGAUUCCUCAUACUUAAACUCUGUUUUCUUUUCAAAAAAUACCCCGGUCGUCACUUUUUUUUCUCCUUUGAGUUGAGUCUUAUCUGUACUGAUUGGUACCGUGGUGGCCCUGCUUCUCCCAAAACAAUUGUCAGCCCCAUGUUCAAGUGAGUUGCAUCAUUUUGGACUUUAAUUGUAAUAACCUAAAACCAGACUCCAUGUUUUUUGGAUGUCUGUUUAUUUUCCUUCCCUCGCUGUCCCAUGAUUUCCUUUGUCAAACCAUUAGAAUAAAACACAGUAACGAUCAGGUGGUACCAGAAAAAUAUAAUUCUUGCAUUGUUUUGUUUUCCUUAAAAAAUGCAUUGAAGAGGCACAAGGUUUGUGACCGGCUUGUGCCGAUCACUCUGUCCUCUACUGUUGUAACGUGGAAAUACAUGCAGGGGUUAAAAUUCAAUAAAUUGAACUGAAAUUUAA